UCUCACAUUAUUGUUCUGAAAAACAGAACUACUAGUUACUAGAGCUUCUACAACAAUCUUCAAUGGCUUCCCUCAUUACUCCAGAUCAAUUUUCUGCUAACGAAGAUGCAGAGGCUCUCUACAAGGCAUGUAAAGGAUGGGGGACUAAUGAGAAGGCUAUCAUCUCAAUCCUGGGUCAUAGAAAUGCAGGUCAAAGAAAAGAGAUCAGAGCAGCUUAUGAACAACUCUAUCAAGAAGAUCUUCUCAAGCGCCUCGAGUCUGAGCUCUCUGGUGAUUUUGAGAAAGCGAUGUACCGUUGGAUAUUGGAUCCAGCAGAUCGUGAUGCAGUUUUGGCUAAUGUGGCCAUCAAGAAACCCACUGACUACAAUGCCAUCAUCGAAAUUUCCUGCAUUCAUUCUCCGGAAGAGCUUCUAGCUGUAAGAAGAGCUUACCAGCUUCGCUACAAGCACUCUCUGGAAGAAGAUCUAGCUCAACAUACCACCGGUGAUAUCCGCAAGCUUUUACUUGCUUUGGUGACUGCUUACCGUUAUGACGGUCAUGAGAUCAAUGCAAAGUUGGCAAAUUCUGAAGCUGAUAUUCUUCAUGAUGCUAUCAAAGAAAAGGCUUUCAACCAUGAAGAAAUUAUCAGAAUCCUGAGUACAAGAAGCAAGACACAGCUCAUGGCCACAUUCAACAAAUACAGAGAUGAUCAAGGCAUUUCUAUCAGCAAGAAUUUGCUGGAUGAAGCAGCUAAUGAUUUCCAGAAGUCAUUGCAUACUGUCAUUCGAUGCCUGAAUGACCCCAAGAAGUACUUUGAGAAGGUACUUCGCAAUUCAAUCAAAAGGGUUGGCACCGAUGAGGAUGCGCUCACUCGUGUGAUUGUUACAAGGGCAGAGAAGGACUUGAGGGACAUUAAGGAGGUUUACUACAAGAAAAAUAGUGUUCCGCUUGAACAGGCUGUGGCCAAAGACACUUCAGGGGACUACAAGGCGUUCCUCCUUACUCUGUUGGGAAAGAAAGACUGAGUUCCUUUUGUGAGCCAUUUAGAAUAAUCUAGCUACUGCAGCUAUGAAGUAUGUGUGUCGGUCAUUUCUGUUGGUGUCAUUGAUUUUCUUGCGGUGUGACUAUCUAUCUUUAUCUAUUUCUGAACUUGGCAAAAAUAUUUAUAUGAAGAGUUUCUAAUUAAGGAAUUUAAUGUGCAUUUCACCUA